UUUCCUUAUCAGUCGGUAUGCCUUUUGGGGUACCCUAGCAACGCGCUCCAUAGAAACGACACCCAACAGCAACACAAAAGACCAGGAGCCGCCACCUACUGGUGGCUAGAAAAUUCCUUCGCUCAGUUUGUUGUUCUCACUACGCGGGCGAAGUUCUACGGCAAAUGGCUCAAACGGCACGCAUAUCUACUGCCCACGCCUGCGGAACGCGACCGUCGCACGACUACCAUGCCACCUCCAUAUCGCUGAAGCAUCGCUCCAAGUCGGCUAAUCCACCGCAAUUACGUCCACUUAGUGGCAUCCACGGGGCAGCGGUGCGACCCCGUUAUGUGCCGCCGUUUUCCAUACAGUCGCAGCAGAAAAAUACCGUUGUCAUCAACGGGCCCAUACACGAAACCGCCGCGAAAACGGCAAGUGCCAGGGGGCGGGCCCCAAAUCCGAAAUGCCUGAAAAAGCAGCAAAAAUCCAUUUCCACAUUCAAUCUGGGAAUGGGCUUCAAUGCCUGCCUGCCCGGUACCGACUCUGGGCGAGGCACUCUGUUUCGAAUGUACUUCGAUCGUGGUGACUUACCCAUCAAAAUGGAGUAUCUCUGUGGUGGCGAUAAGAUUGGAUGGACGGUGGACAUUGACAAGCUGGACUACAGUCUUUAUCUGCCGCUCUUUUUCGAUGGUUUGGCCGAGACGAAGCAUCCGUACAAGACCUAUGCCCGCCAGGGAGUGACGGAUCUACUGCUUGCGGGCGGAGAGAAAAUACACACCGUAAUACCGCAAUUAAUAUUGCCCCUGAAGAACGCAUUGAGCACACGAAAUUUGGAGGUAAUGUGCACGACACUGAAGAUAAUACAACAACUGGUGAUGUCCUCGGAUCAGGUGGGUCCGGCACUGGUGCCCUUCUACAGACAAUUGCUGCCAAUGUUUAACGCUUUCAAAGUGAAAAACUUAAACUGUGGCGACGAGAUCGACUAUGCCCAAAAGAACAAUCUCAACCUUGGCGAUCUGAUCGAUGAGACGCUCCAGGUGCUGGAACUCCAUGGCGGCGAGGAUGCCUUCAUCAAUAUCAAGUAUAUGGUGCCGACUUACGAGUCGUGCUAUUUAAAUUGAAAACCGCUUUUAUGCUUUGCUCUUUUUUCAUCAUAAGUAUUUAUUGUAAUUUAUAUAUUACAGCAUCAAAGUAGAUGUGAUUAAUUAAAUUCAAAUUUGUUACCAAGGAUUACCUCUUUUUUUUUUGUUCAUUUUUCAUGCGCUGGUUAAGGGGGGGUGGGUUAUAUAAGUAUGUGUGUAUAUAUAGUUGAGUAUAUAUAAUUUGGUCGGCCCAUGCCCUAGAAGGGGUAUGGACAACGACACGGCACAGCAGCUUCCUUAUAAGCAAAGCUGCUGCGCCUUAGAUAGGGUGCUACUUGGUGGGGGCGUACUCGUUCUUCUUGACGUUGUGCGGCGAGUAACGGUUGUACAGGCCCCAAAUGGAGUUCAUUAGCUUGUCGUUAUACUUGACAGGAGAGUAUU